AUGGCUGGUUCACUCAAGCAUUUUCACAAACACUUUCACAACCCAAAGAGAAGACAAAUGAAAACUAAACUCAGCAAUGGCUUCUUCUUCUUCCUCCUCCUCUUCUACAUCAAGGUACAAGCCCAACGAAGCACAGUAGGGUACAACUGCACACCCAACCAACCCCCAACCUCCUGCGAAACCUACGUCUUCUACAGAGCAACCCCACCAUAUUUCCUCGACUUAGCCUCCGUCGGCGAUCUCUUCUCCGUCAGCCGUCCGAUGAUAUCAAACCCCAGCAACAUCUAUCUCCGGCGGCCCCUCUCCUCCCCAACCACCGGCACCCAACCUCUCUCUAACAAGAGUACUGAUAAAAAGGGUGCAAUUUUAGGGUUAGGGAUUGGAUUAGGAAUUUGUGGGGUGCUUAUAAUCUCGAUUUGCGGAACAUGGUUUUACAGAGAGAACUCGAUGAAGUCGAGAAAAUACAGAGAUGAAGAGGAGCAGAAAAUGCAGAAGAUUGGGAAUGGAAUUUCGAAAGCUGAGGAGGUGAAUUUGAUGGCGGAUGUUUCGGAUUGUUUGGAUAAGUAUCGAGUUUUCGGAGUCGAGGAUUUACGGAAUGCGACGAAUGGAUUCGAUGAUGGGUGUGUAAUUCAGGGUUCUGUUUAUAGAGGCUGCAUUGAUGGAGAGUGGUAUGCUAUCAAGAAAAUGAAGUGGAAUGCCUAUGAGGAACUCAAGAUCUUGCAGAAGGUGAAUCAUGGGAACCUAGUGAGGCUAGAGGGCUUCUGCAUAGACCCCGUCGAAUCAAACUGCUACCUCGUCUACGAACACGUCGAAAACGGGUCCCUCCACUCGUGGCUCCACGAGAACAAGAACAACAAAAAACCCGAAAAGUUGAGCUGGAAAACGAGGCUAAGAAUCGCUAUCGAUAUAGCAAACGGGCUCCAAUACAUCCACGAGCACACUAGGCCACGCGUCGUCCACAAGGACAUCAACAGCAAAAACAUCCUCCUCGAUUCGAACAUGCGUGCCAAGAUCGCAAAUUUCGGCCUCACAAAAUCGGGGUGCAAUGCAAUAACCACACAAAUUGUAGGGGCAAAAGGGUACAUUUGCCCCGAGUAUAUCGAGAACGGAGUUGUGUCCACGAAAAUGGAUGUCUUCUCGUUUGGGGUUGUUUUGCUAGAGUUGGUUUCGGGCCGGGCCCCGGUGGACGACCAGGGGGGGCUUCUUUGGGCGGAGGGGGGCGGGGUUUUGGAGGGGACGGGGAAGGGGGGGAAGUUGAGGGGUUGGAUGGCCGAGGGCCUCGUUGGUGAUGAGACGAUCAUGUCAUCGUGGGAGAGCGUCGUGAGUGUGGUGGCGGUGGCGGUUGCUUGUGUGAAUAGGGAUCCGACGAAGAGGCCGAGUAUGGUGGAGAUUGUGUAUGCUUUGUCUAAGAGUGAUGAUUUGUUCUUUGAUUUUUCUGAGGAUGAGUUUUCUCCUAGACAAGUUAUUGCAAGAUAAUUUGGUGUGUUUUUUUUUGUUGGGGGUGUAAAUAUAAAUAUUAUAAUGUUGGUGUAGGUUUGUGUAAAUCAUCCUUAAUAAAAUCUGUGUGUUUUUCAUUAGAAACCACGAUCUUGUCUGAUUCCAUGAGUCGGGUUAAUUUUAAAUUAAAUUA